UACAAAUUAGAGUCAAAAUAUCAACAAGUUGAACCAAUAAUGGAUUUCUAGAAGUAUUUUGGCAUUUUCCUUCAAUGACUAAACCAAUGACCGAUCAACGGAUGAACGUAAAGUUUGAAAGAGAGAGAGAGAGAGAGUUUUGUUUUUAUAUCAACAUCCUCUAUCAGUUUGUUGUUGUUGUAUCUACAUCUCUUCACUAUAGCGAAUAGAGACUUUUGGUGUCGAAAAACACCAAUUUUUUUGGCGGCUAAGAUCGCAAUCCAAGGAAUUCUGUAUAAUUUCAGGCUACCCAUUUGAGAUUUUGACAGACCCAGAUCGAAUCCGAGAUUGGUCGAUGAGGAAACCGAUGAUUUGGUCAUGACCCAUCAUCCAAGUGUGAGUGAACUCACUAGGGUUUUAUGCUGUCGAUAAGAAAAUGACGGAGAGGGAUAGAAACGUAAAUCUUGUUUCUUAAAUCAGAUUCAUGGGGACUUGUUUUAGUAGUGAAGAGGAGGAACAACAGCAACAAAACCACAAACCUCUUCAAAACAAGCCAGCAGAGUCACAUGGGAUCAAAAGUGAAAGCAGCAUCUUGGUUAUUCCCAAAAAUGUGAGGGAUCUUCGCCAAAAUCCUGGAUAUUGUAAUGUUGAUAGCUUUACAUAUGAAGAAAUGAGGCUGGCCACCAAGCACUUCCGGCCUGAUCAAGUUCUUGGCGAUGGUGGGUUCGGGAUGGUCUAUAAAGGAGUUAUAGAUGAGAAGGUCAGACUGGGUUACAAAACCACUCAAGUUGCCAUUAAGGAGCUUGAUCCAGAAGGGAUCCAAGGCGACAGAGAAUGGCUGGCAGAGAUCAACUACUUAGGGCAGCUCUGUCACCCCAAUCUCGUUAAGCUUAUUGGGUACUGCUGUGAGGAUGAACACAGAUUGUUGGUUUAUGAAUAUAUGGCUUCCGGGAGCUUGGAUAACCACCUCUUUCGCAGAGUGUGUGCCACGCUAACAUGGUCAAGAAGAAUGAAGAUUGCUUUGGAUGCCGCAAAAGGGCUUGCUUUUCUUCAUGGUGCUGAAAGACCCAUCAUAUAUCGGGAUUUCAAGACAUCUAACAUCCUGCUAGAUGUGGAUUUUAAUGCAAAGCUUUCCGACUUUGGGCUCGCAAAGGAUGGGCCUAUGGGAGACCAGACCCAUGUGUCAACUCGUGUUGUGGGCACUUACGGAUAUGCAGCUCCUGAAUAUGUCAUGACUGGCCAUUUAACUGCUCGAAGUGAUGUUUACGGUUUUGGGGUCGUGUUACUUGAGAUGCUAAUUGGAAGGAGAGCGAUGGACAAGGGCAGGCCUAGUCGAGAACAUAACUUGGUUGAGUGGGCUCGUCCACUCUUGAACCAUAAGAAGCAGCUUCGGAGGAUUUUAGACCCUAGAAUGGAAGGACAGUACUCAUCUAAAGCUGUCCAAAAGGUGUCCAAUUUAGCAUACCAAUGCCUCAGCCAAAACCCAAAAGGGAGGCCUGUCAUGACCCAAGUGGUCGAAAUUCUCCAGACUCUUCAGACUCAAGAGGGAAGCCGAGAAGAAGUAAUGCUUCAAGGCGGGGGUAGUAGUGUAACGCUUCACGAAGCUCAAGAGAACAAACCUAAAACUCCAACAGAAAAGAAGAGAUGCCCAAUCAGAAAUGACACACAGAGAGAAGCUGAGGAGCCUCGAAGGGGCAAGGGUGAGCAUCCAAAGGAGUGUGAUCUUUAUAGCCCUUAUCUGGACAUCGACGAGAGAUCAGUUUCUAUGGCAAGCUGAACUUAGAAGUCAAAUAUGAAGGGAAAUGAGCUAGCAUAAGAUGUAUCAACCAGUCUCUCAUUUGUUAAGUCUUUUUCCCUUCUGAGAAUUCCUUGUUUUUGGUCUGUUAUUUAGAGGAACUUUAGAUGUUUAAUUACUGAUAUUUUCCUAUUUACUUGCUCAGAUAUCAAUUAUUUUUUUUUUAAUGUGCAACUAAGGUAGUGCAAUAGCAUUAAUGUUAUCAUUUGGAUAAUGAAUGUAUCCAACAAAAAAACUGUAGUUCAAUGAAGUGUUUUACUUUAAAAAGAAUUA